AGAGUAUACAAGUACUAUAAUAUAGUGUAUAGUAAAACUCAAAACUGAAAAUUAAAAUACUAUAAAUUAUAUUGUUUUUCCUUUUUUGGAGAUUGUAAAUUUGUGUGUUUGUGUACCUAAUUGGAUAUAAUUACUAAUUAUGACAGAAGAAUCACCGGUUAAUAUGAAUAUUGUGGAAACAACCAAGACACGAGUUAAAAAUUGUGUAUUUUGUAACGUAAUUGCUGCCAAUGACCCAAAUAUUAUUCUUGAGCCUCGAAGCGAUCAAUUUGUAAUCAUAAAAGACAUUAAGCCAGUGGCUACUCACCAUUUCUUAGUGUUGAGUGACAAACACAUAAAAAGUUCUAAGAGUUUGCAACCUAAUGAACAAGAUCGUAAUUUACUCAAGAGCAUGGUUGCAGCUGCAAAACAAAUAUUAUUAAACAAUGGUUGUGAUUUAAAUGACAUGAGAAUGGGUUUUCAUUGGCCUCCAUUUUAUUCAAUAGGACAUAUGCAUCUUCAUGCCAUUAGCCCCGCUAGUUCAAUGUCUGCUUUCAAUCGUUUUGUUGCAUUCAAUCCAAGUUUCAGUUAUGUUUUUGUUGAUGUAAAUUAUGUGUUGAAACGUAUUGGUUGCAAAGACGAAAAUGAAACAGAAAGUCCAUCUUCAGUCAACAAACAGUGAUACAUGUUUAACAUAAAAUAUAGACACUACCUACUUGUUAUUUUUUAUUUAUUAGUAUAUUAAUUCAAUAUAUUAUUAUUGUUUUUUUUUUUUUAUUAUAUAUACAUGAUUAUACGGUAUCAUUUUAUAAAUAGUAAAUUUUAUAUUUUUGAUAUUCUAUAGUAAUAAUUUUAAUAAUUUAACCAAUAUAAAAAAACCUAAUAAUUUUGUAUUAUAAUAUUCUGUAUUAAAAUAAUAGUAUUUUAUGUAUGAAAAAA